AUGCCCUCGAACUUUCAAUCAGAUAUCACCAGAAAAUUAACAAUCGGCAGGGAUACCUCCGAAACCUUGACAGCAGAACCUGCUUCGGAUGCUACCCCGUCAACGGUAUUCGUUUGUUUAACGAGAGAUCUUCGCAAUGCCAUAUUUCCCGGUGUCACCGCUUCGCAUGGUCCCACUCUUCGGGAGGAUCAGAAAGAAUCAUUCAAGAGAUACAAGGAGGAGCGCGGCGAGGCAUCCCUGUCUUUGGCUGAGGACAAAAACAUGUCGAAAUUUUUCCGAACAAGCUCAAUCCCAACUAUCAUUCAAACUUUCCAAAGUCGGCUGAACACUAUUACCCCAAGCCCACCUGGAUCUCGUGUCGUAGUAGUAGACGGUCAAGAUAUCUCUGAAAGCUGGAACAAAUUCGCUAAUAGGGUUAAAUCGGACAGAGUGUGCGGUCAUCUAGUUCUCAGUGUCAAAGAUCCAAAAGCCGUAUCUGGAGCAACAUCUUCCAAAGGUUGGUUCGGUUCUUUCAAAGAAGCUGAGAUUACAGGCUGCAAGAUAAGGAAUGGACGACCAUCUGGUCCUCAACGUAAGGAGGCUUCCAGAAGACUGCAUGACUUCGGAUCGAGAUACCUAGAUCUGAAAAAUAGUAACGUAUGGCCCAGUGAAUCUGUCGCUACAGAGUUAUCUAACAGACCCGAACAUUUCGCCUGCGGGGUAGUCACCGUUUCUGAAGCUAUGUUUAGCUUACCUGGCAUGUUUGAGGAUGUAGUAUACACCAGGGGUGAUGUAUAUUCUGACCAGGAACAAACAUCAAACGACCAUGCGCCGGCUAACGAGGACCUCAUCGACUUUGAAGAAGUUUCAAGUGCGCAGACUCCCGCGACUUCCGCCAAUAUGGACAAAACUGCCACGACAGGACCUUCAACUCUUGAUGAAGGAAAUUUGAAUGCGGAUUCUUGGGAUACUUGGUAG